AAGAAGUCGUCCGUCCCUCUCAUAACCCCGCCCCCUCAGCACGUGGGUAGAGGGUGACGUCACAGUCUCUUUAAAUAGCGGCCAAGUAGGAGCAGGAGUUAGACGGCAGAGGUAGCGCUCCUGGUGAAGUGUCAGCUGCAGAAAUCCUGGUAUCAUGUCAAUUAACGGAACCGAUACUCCUGCCCCAAUGGAGGAGACUCCCGAUCAACAGAAUGUGGUGGAACGUGUUACCCAGCUACCUCUUGUCAGCUCUGCAUGCAGUGUGGUGAGUGCCGUCUACAGCUCUACUAAAGACAGUCACCCAUACAUCCGCAAUGUUUGUGAUGUUGCUGAGAAAGGAGCAAAGACCUUAACUGGAGCUGCAGUAACUGGAUCAAAGCCCAUUAUAAGCAGAUUGGAGCCACAGAUUGCUACAGCUAAUGAGCUUGCCUGCAAAGGUUUAGACAAACUGGAAUCCUCAUUGCCUAUUCUUCAGCAGCCAGCUGAGAAGGUGGUUUCGGACACAAAAGAGCUGGUGUCUGGAGCACGUGAUGCAGUUGUUGGUGCUGUGACAAACACUGUGACUGGUGCCCGUGACACUGUCACAAAUGCAGUAUCUGGUAUUAUGGGCUUGGCUACUGGCGCAGUACAGGGAAGCGUGGACAUGACUCGGUCUGUAGUCUCAACAGUGAUGGAUACACAAGUAGGACAGCUCGUGACUAGCAGUCUGGAUACAGUUUUGGGAAAAUCUGAGGAGUGGGUUGAUCAUUACCUUCCUAUGACAGAUGAGGAGCUAUCUCAGCUUGCCUCAACUGUAGAAGGGUUUGAAGUGGCUCCAAUUCAACAACAAAGGGAACAGCAAAGUUACUAUGUUCGUUUGGGUUCUCUGUCUUCUCGACUCCGUCAUCGAGCAUAUCAGCAUUCUCUGGGCAAGGUGAGGAGUGCCCAGAUCAGCACUAUGGAGACUCUAGCACAGCUGCACCAAACUAUUGACCUGAUGGAAACGGUCAAAAAAAGUGUUCAUGAUGGCCAAGAGAAACUGCACCAGCAGUGGCUGCAAUGGAGUCGCAAGCAGUCGGAAACUGGAUCUGUAGACAGUGAACAAGAACUGCCAUUGGACUCCCGUGUGUUAACCAUGACCCGUACACUGACCAAGCAACUUCAAACUACUUGCUUUACUCUUGUGUCUGGGGCACAAGGCCUUCCAGCUAGCAUACAGGACCGCAUGCAACAACUACGACAAACUGCUCAAGACCUACAUUCUUCUUUUUCCUCUGUUAAGUCUAUUGGAGAUGUUUCUGCAGGAAUUCUGGCACAAAGCAGGGAACAAGCCACCAAAGUCCAUGAUCAUGUGAAUGAGCUUUUAAGCUAUGUGGUUGCCAACACUCCUUUAACAUGGUUGGUGGGACCUUUUGCCCCUCAGCUAGUUGAAUACCCAGAAAUGCCUGAAGAGAAGCCUGAAAAAAUGCAAUAAGUUAACCUGAUGCCCCAAACAUUUGCACUUAAUUUUGUAGUGGGUAUCAUGUAUGGUUCCCCAAUUGGGCAUAUCUCACAACUUUAGAACUAGUGUGUGUGUAAUCUAUGUCAACUUUUGUAUUUCUCUGUACUUGCAUCAAUUUAUAAAACGUGUUCUGCA